AGGCACCGAGUCAUCUGGCAAGACCGCGGGCACCGAGUCACCAGGUACGACAGCGGGCACCGGGUCAUCAGACAUUGGAUUGUCUUGCUCGACAGCGGGCACCGGGUCAUCUGGCUCAACAGUGGGCACUGGGUCAUCUGGUUUGACAGCGGGCAUCGGGUCAUCAGGCACGACAGCGAGCAUCGGGUCACCAGGCAUGACAGCGGGCACUGGGUCAUCAGGCAUUGGAUUGUCUGGCUUGACAGCGGGCAUUGGGUCACCAGGCAUCAGCGCGGUGCAGAGGGUCAGGCAGAGAAUGGUCAGGGUCACAAGCCAGGGAUCAAGCAGGAGAAGUCAGCAGAGGUCAGGAUCAGGCAGGGUCGGCAACAAGUCAGACAGGAACAGGAA